CGCGCAUUUUGAACUUGCUUGGCGCCAUGGCGGAGCCCAAGACUUCUGAGGACGAUGACUUGAAGCGCGAGAUGAAGAAGGCAUCCAAGAAGUCGUCGAAGAAGACAACUGCGCCACCGCCAGGAGAAGGCGGUCCGUCCCUAGGGGUGGCAUCCCCAACUGCUGCUGCUGGCGCACAGAAAUCGUCCCCGCCAACGUCGGCUUCGACGCCGCAGAAACCCCAUUCGAGCGCCCCCAAGACGCCGCCUCAAGCUCAACCAAGCAUGAGCGAUGUGCCAAAGAUGAACUUCCAUGCGGCCAACUUGGGCACCGUCGCCGAGCCCAAAGGGGGUACAACGGAAGGUGCCAUGGACGACAAACUCAAGAAGAAGUCGACGAAAAAGAAGGCUCCUGACGCCACCACUGCGGUGGCACCGCCAGGCACCUCGACGGGUCUUGUGACAGGUGUGGCAGCAAUGCCUGGAGGAGGAGCUCCGACAGUAGCGUCGUUGCAAUCCCCCACUACCUCGAGUGCAAAGAACGACGACGAAGAAGAGCGCGCUCGAGCUGCGGCGCGUCGCGAGGCCAAGCGGCAGAAGCAGAAAGAUGCGGAGGAGGCCAAGAAACGCAAGGAGGAGCUGGAGCGGCAGGCGCUGGACAUGGCGCGGCGUGAAGAAGAAGCCCGGCAGCGCGAGCUGCGAAAGGUUGAGGCACUCGCCGCCCUCAAUGCAAACGCGGAGGAGUGUCAGGAAGAAGACGACUACGACGAAGACUUUGAGAAUUACGACGACGGCGGGUUCGAAGAGCCCGACGAACCCGCGCAAGCCAAGAAACUCAGCACCAAUGGUAGCAAAUCCAACCAGCAGUCGUUGAUGGACCCGCCCGAGGAUUUCGCCACGGUGCAAAAGAUACGCGAAGCUUUACAAGCGGAAAGCAAACCUCAAACUCCGUCCAGUGGUGGUGCCAGCAAAAAGGCAACUACUGCAAAACAAACACCCGCGGCCCCAAAGGAUGCAAAAGAAGCCAAAGGCACGGGGGCAAAGAAGGCGACGAGCGGGGUGUCGGCAUCAAUUGCAGGUCUCAAACACUCUAUCGACCCCCGCGCCAAGCGUGUCAAAGAAAUUUUGGACAAGAAAAAGAUGGAGACGGAACGGUUCGACAUGUUUCAACUGGCACCCCUCACCGACUUUGACAAGUACAUGGGCCAGCUGCGGGUGUGUGCGGUCCGGCAAGUAUUUGUGCAGACCAACGACGACGCCCGCAGCGUUCAGACGCAGACCAAACCCCGUGCCAUGAAGGACCAGUCAAUGCUAUUUCCGGACGACAUGGGGGUCGACGCAGCUCUGACCGACUCGACGACGACAACUACAAGCUCCCGUCGGUUCAUUGGGUUCUUGGCUCGGGCAUCGCAUGCGUGCGAAGUCUUGUUGGAGGAGAACCUCAUGUAUGCAGAUGGGGCGUCUAACCAAAAGCAGCACGACACGAUCCCACAGUCGCAAUGUGACACUGCCUCAUUGAACGGGUUUAGUGCCAAGCAAGUCUCGAUCAACGCCGACCAUGCAUUGUUUCAAUAUCGACCCUUGCUCGAUAUGGCAUUCUCUCAUCAAGUGUCCCACUGGCUCGUGGGAGGGUACGGGCCAGCGGACGACGGCGACAACAACGCCCCGUUCGCCGACAAGUCCAUCUUGAGUGUGUGGGACAUCAACCAAGUGCAGUCCCCCGUGCGGUGGCUUCGCGCAGAAGGCGUCGUGAGUUGCGUGGGGUUUGGGCCUGGCCGGGACAUGUUUGUCUUGAGCGGGUCGGACGAAGGCGCGGUGCAAGUGUGGGACCUGCGUCUGCCCCCGUCCCCGCGCUUUGAAGCCCCAAGCAUCAAAGUCAAAGUGGAACCGCCCACGUACUCUACAGCAGGCAUGAAGCACGACCACAACCACACGUCGCCCAUUGCUGCCGUGCGGGCGAUCCCGUCUGGGAAAAAAGGUGCCAAUUUUCAGUUUGGGUCCCUAGACAACCGCGGCCUUCUGGUCGUGUGGAGUGUGAUUGAAUGCCGAACCGACCACGAGGCAUUGUCCAUUGACAGCUGCGUGGAAAUCGGCGGCCGGGUCAAGCUGGUCAAGACGGCCGUGAUCGAUUCGGCGCCGUCGCUGUUGGUCGGUCCGUCCGCGAACGAGUUUGCGUUUUUCCCCGCCGACCCCAACCAGUUUGUGGUGGGGACGACGGGGGGGGCGAUCGUCCACGGCAGCCGCUUCGACAAGAAACUCGGCGUCAAGGCGUACCGUCGAGGAGGGGACUACGGUGGUGGGGGCGUGUCGGCUGUGACAUCGCUCGCCUUUCACCCGACACUUCCCCAGUACUUUCUCGCCGGGUACGCCGACGGCAGCCUCAGUUUAUUCCAUGUGGAUCUGGCCCGGGACAUUGCAUCAUGGUAUGACGUGGCACUCGGUGUGUCUCGCGUGAUGUGGUCGCCAUCCCGCCCGAGUGUGUUUUACGUGCUUUACACCAACGGCACUCUGACGAUUUGGGACCUCUUGACAUCCCGGAUGAUGCCCGUGGUGACAGAGUCCGCAGGACCAUCCGUGGCCACGAAACGAAAGGGCAAAGUGCUGUUUGCACUUUCGGCGGACAUUGCAAGAACGUGUCGACCAUCCAUUGCCAUUGCCGGGGCGUCUUCGAAACCGCUUGCCAUCCACGAAUUAUGCGGACCCCUCACACAAAAGACAAAGGACGAAACAGCCAGCGUCGACACAUUGUUGGCUGGAGUCGUGUAGGAGGCUACGUCGACCAACUUUCCCAACAAACCAACACUUGAUAAGACCAAAACCUCUGACUGUUCACAUA